GAGGAUUUGAAUGUAUAUCAGCUUGGCGGGCGGUUGGAGUGCGAGUUGAUAAAAUCGUAUCAUUUUAAUCUUAAAAUAGAAUAACUAUUGAGUCGGUUUACAAUCGGUGGACAAAACGGAAACGGGAAUAACUUGAAGAAUGGUGCGAGGAGAAGAAGAAAAAGUUAUUCCCGUACGUGUGGUCUUGCGCUGUCGUCCACUUGUACGUAAGGAAAUUGAAGAAGGAUGUCAGAUGUGCUUAACGUUUACGCCAGGAGAGCCACAGGUUCUUUUGGGAAUUGACAAGUAUUUUUCAUAUGAUUAUGUCUUCGAUCCCUGUGUAGAGCAAGAAGAAGUGUUUAAUGUCACAGUUAAUCCUCUCAUUCAGGGAAUAUUUAAAGGAUACAAUGCGACAGUGUUGGCAUAUGGACAGACUGGUUCUGGGAAGACCUAUUCAAUGGGUGGCACAUACACUUCAGGGCAGGAGGGUGAUCCAAGUGUUGGCGUCAUUCCAAGAGUAAUAAAUAUGCUCUUUCAGAAGGUUGAAGAAAAUUUGGAAAAUGAUUUUGCAUUAAAGGUCUCCUAUCUGGAGAUCUACAAUGAGGAGAUCAUAGAUCUACUGGAUUCGUCUCGGGAGAAAUCACCAAUACACAUUAGAGAAGAUCCCAAAGAAGGAAUAAAGAUUGUAGGACUAAUAGAGAGGAAAGUAAACACUGCAAUGGAUAUGGUGGGUUGUCUAGAACAAGGGAAUUCUACAAGGACAGUUGCUGCUACAGCUAUGAACACCCAGUCAUCUAGAUCACAUGCUAUCUUCACUAUUACGGUUGAACAGAGAAAGAGAAGUGAUAAAAACUAUUACAUCCGUUCCAAAUUGCAUCUGGUGGACCUGGCAGGGUCAGAGCGCCAAAAGAAAACCAAAGCAGAAGGUGACCGUCUGAAAGAAGGGAUUAACAUCAACCGUGGAUUGUUGGCCCUCGGCAAUGUCAUCAGUGCACUCGGUGAUGAGAAUAAUCGCAAGGGCUUUGUACCAUAUCGUGACUCAAAACUAACACGAUUGCUUCAAGACUCACUUGGUGGAAACAGUCACACAUUGAUGAUAGCUUGCGUCAGUCCUGCUGAUUCAAACCUUGAGGAAACUCUAAAUACACUCCGUUAUGCUGACAGAGCGAGGAAAAUAAAGAAUAAGCCUGUGGUUAACUUUGAUCCCCAGGCUGCUGAACUACAACGCCUUAAACAACAGGUGCAAGAACUUCAAGUGCUGUUGUUACAAGCACAUGGAGGGACAGCUGAAAUGAGUAAUGGAGUGGAUGAAUCUGAGAAACGACAAUCUGCAAUGGAGGCAGCAAGAUUACAAAGGGAGGAAGUAGAAAAUCUGAGCAAAGAACUUCGUGAAGCUGUUGGCCAGACAACACAUAUGUGUGAAAGAGUUAUAGUGAUGGAACAGGUGAAUGAGAAGCUGAUGCACCAGCUCAGUGAACUUUCGAAGCAUCCUGCGUGCAAAUUGGACUUGGACAAACUAAUUGAAAUCUCAUCUAGUGAAGAAGCAAAGGAGCAAAUUGAUGAUCUACGCAGUCUACAGCAAAUGGUUGCCAAAUUGGAGAAUGAACGUAUUGAAAUCUUACCUGAAUUGGAAGGAAUUGGCAUUGAACAUCAGUUGGAAGAAAAGGCAGAUCAAAAUGGAGCCUUAAAAGAAAAGAGGGAUUCUGAUCCUUUCACUGCCAGUCAUGCAUUGAGGCAUGCUCAAAUGUCAAAAGAGCUGAUGGAGCUGAAUAAAGUACUAGCACUUAAAGAAGAACUUGCACGGAAAAUGUCCCAGGGUGACUGUGAAAUGGAACCUGUCCAUGUUGUGUAUGAGGAGAACAUCAAAUCCCUUGAAAGUGAAGUUUCUGCCCUACAAAAAGAAAAAGAAGAGCUCGUACUGGCACUACAUAGUGCAAAGAAGGACACCAAUGCAACCAAGGUUAGUGAACGUCGAAGGAAGCGUCUUCAAGAGUUGGAAGCUGAAAUGGCAAACCUUAAAAAGAAGCUGCAGGAGCAGUCAAAAAUCAUUAAAAUCAAAGAAAAGUCAGAAGGAACUGUUAACAAACUGAAUCAAGAGAUUCAGGCUCUGAAGUGUCAGAGAGUUCAGCUGAUGCGCCAGAUGAGAGAGGAGGCUGAGAAGUCUCGUAGAUGGAAAGCGGAGAAAGACAAGGAAGUUCUGCAACUGAAGGAGAAGGAUCGUAAAAGACAGUAUGAGCUGCUGAAACUAGAACGAAAUUACAAACAGCAAGCAAACGUAUUAAGACGAAAGACUGAAGAAGCUGCUGCUGCAAACAAACGUUUACGUGAUGCGUUACAGAAGCAGAAGGAUGCUUCUGAAAAACGGAAAGAAUUAAACCGUGGAAUGGAAGGGACUGCAGCUAGAGUUCAGAAUUGGCUGGUCAAUGAACUGGAGGUACUUGUAAGUAUAGAGGAAGCUCGUCAUCACUUGAACACUUUACUAGAUGAUCGGAAAGUUUUGGCACAGGAGCUUGCCUUUCUCAAAGAAAAGAAAGAGGCCCAUCAUCCACCACCAAAACUUAGGAGGCGAACUUUUACACUAACUGAGUUGAUGAAAAACACAGAACAGGAUCCAUCUUUAAAGAAGCAAAUUGAAAAUGUGGAAACAGAAAUAGAACUCAGGAGUGCUCAAAUUGCUGAUCUCCAACAAAAGUUGAUGGAUGCAGACAAUGAAGAGAGGCUUAAGCAUCGAUGGGAUUCAAUUACCACAAUAAUGGAAGCAAAGUGUGGAUUAAAGUGGCUGAUGAAAGAGUUGGUAGCUUCUAAAGUGUCGUACAGUAAAAUGAAUAGUGUACUGAUCCAGACGAAAGCUGAUGGUGUGGAGCUGCAAAACAAUUUAAUUGAAGAACAAAACCGCAUAGCUGAAAUGGAAACUGAACAUCAGCAACAGCUGCUGGAUCAAGAGCAGCGACACCAGGAGAAGGUCUUCUACCUGCUUAGCCAAUUGCCUCAAAAUGCGAAUGUUACAAUGGGUACCCUUCAGGAUCAAGAGGCCCAGCUUCUGGAGAGGCUUAAGUUCCAGGAUGAAGAGAUCCAGAAGAUGAAUGAGUUGUGUGAGCAAAAUCAGCAAUUGGUGGAAGAGAAUGAAUUGUAUAAGCAAAAACUGAACCUCCUUCAGUAUGCAACUGCUAACCUGGGUGAUAGUAGCCGAGUGCCUUCAGGUUCUCCAUUUGAUUACGUUCCUCCCAAGCCAAAAAACAAGAGGAAGACGUCUGCAAAACCAAACAUGAUGACUCCACGUCUGACUGUAGAAGAGCUAUUAUCUGAUUCUGAGUCUGACGAUGAUUCUCUGGAUCAUGAUGAUGAUUGGAUACCUAAGAAAAUCAAAGGAAAUAAGAAAGCAAAUUCUGGGUGUUCCUGCAAAGGUCGCUGUGCCAACCGGCAAUGCAAAUGCAGGAAAAAUAAAAUGGAUUGUGGAGAUCACUGCAGGUGCUUCACUGAACAGUGUCACAAUCGUCUUAAUAUGCAACAAGAUGUGUUUGAUGAAAAUGAUUUUGAGGGAUCUAUUAAACUGGAUGAUCCCACUGAAUCGGAGUCUCGCUUCUUUGAGCCACUCAGUGUCAGCUCUGCUGAUAAGGUUCUAACUGACAUCACUGACCUUGGGCAAACAAAGCUGAAGCUAAUUCGUAAACCACUGAAGGAGAAUGAAGACUUGAAGAAUACAUUUAACAAAAAGAAAAAGAAAACACUGUCAAACUGUACCACCAGCUUCUUCACUGGAUAUCCUUCAGUCCCUGAAGAUUUGGAAUAAAUUAACUAAAGCCUGUUCUGUAAAUAUGUUCUUAAUAUGUCUACUUGAUCAUUCCAAGAAAGCUAAUCGGUGUACUGACUUGUUCAAAUCGUAUCUAGUCAGGUGCAUAAUUCUUUCUAUCCUAUUUUCUUGUGUCCUUUUAUCUGUUGGUGUAUGAGAGAAGGAGAGUAUGUGAUAGUGUUUUAAUAGCAGUAUCAGUUAUUCUGUUUGGUUUGCUCCAGAUGGAAUAAAAUUGGAACAGAUUUUUUAAUUUCUGGAAGAAUAUUUGAAUAAAUGCUUGCUUUAUCUUGCUUUUAGUCUGGAUUAAAUAUUUUAUGUUUUAAAUAUUCAUCAUUUAACUAUGAACUUGUCAUAAUCCUGAGUUUGUGAAAGAGGCAAGCACUGCUCGGUUCUGAAUGUUUGGUUCCAAGAAGCUGGAAUACUUUAAAUUCAGCUAUGAUUGUGUCCUGUCCCUGAGACAUAUUUGCCAUGUGGUAAUGUACAAUUUGCCUGGAUGGUGACGUAGUGGCAUUAGCGCUGAACUGUGGGGCGAGAGGUCCCGAGUUCAAAUCUGGCCGGCUCUCUUGCACGCUUUCCAUCCUGCUGGAUUAAGAGCUGGUGAUCUCUUAUUUUUAAAAAAAACUCACCCGGCAAAAGACAAAGACAAACCGCUGCUGUAACUUGCCACAUACAUGAUUUCCCAAUAUGUCAGAGCGCCAUGGAGGGAAAUUGUCCGCCAACUGGAAAUUCCAGAUGUGAUUCCAACGCAUGUACAAUUAGGGGUUGAAUUUCAAUUUUUAAAGAUUUUCCAUUAAAUGGUGAAUCAUAGCUGUUCUCUAAUUUAAUAAAUUUCUGUAGUUUAUAACUAAAUAAAAAAUUGAUUUAGCAUUAACUUAUAUAAUGUGUGUUUUGUGUAACACAAUGAAUAGUACUUAGAUACUUCAGAUAACUUAAAGAACAGUGUUAACAUUUUGUAUAUAACAUAUAUUUUAAAAUUUCUCUAGCACUUCUAUCCAAAGGAGGCACUCAAGCGUGAAUUUAAAAAUGAUCUGGAUUCUGUCUAAUCUCUAAAUGUGGUUACACCUUGGAGCAUAAUUUGGCCAGCCUUUCAACUUUAAUAGUAACAUCAUCGGCACAAUGAUGGAUCCUUUGAAGCAUUUCCCCUUGAAGAUGUCCUUGAUACUAUAGCAGCUAGUGCCCAUGACUUAUUACUCUGCAGCUUUAAGUUUAUAACUCUGCAGCUUAUUUUGAUCACCAGACAGUAAUGUAGCUAGUUAGAAUGCUCUCUGCAGUACAUCUGGUAGAAAUUUGCAAGUGUCUUUGGUGACAUACCAAAUCUCAAACUCCUCCUAACAAAAUGUAGCUGCUGUUGUACCUUCGCAAUAGCUGCAUUGAUAUGUUGGUACAGAAUAGAUCCUCUGAGAUAUUGACACCCAGGAAUUUGAAAUGGCUCAGACUUUCCACUUCUGAUACCUCUGUUAACAUCCAAUUGCUACUUCUCAGUCUACCUCCCUAAUUGAUCAAGAUCACCUUGUAUUCUGUGAUAACCUUCAUUGUCAACAAAUCUUCCUAAUUUUGUAUAAUGUGCAAAUUUACUGAUUGAGCCUUGUGCAUUUACAUCCAGAAUCAUUUCCAUAAAUAAUAAAUAACAGCAGUUCCAACACUGGCCCCUGCAACCCACCACAGCUCACCAACCUCUACUCUGAGAAGUAACCUUCAGUCACCACCCACCUCUCAACUAAUCUUGAAUCCAUUGUCUUGCCCUCAUUCACACUUUUGGUUACGUCUUCAAAAAAAAAUCUAAAAAAUUAAUCGAGAACAAAAUUCCACCCAGAAAGCCAUGCUGACUCAUCAGACUUUCUAUCCAAAUGCUGGUAGAUGCUUUCUAUCAGAAUUUCUUCCUGAAUUGGGAAUGGGUGGGUUAAAUGGUUAGCAUAGGCUAGCUGGAUGGAAGGGCUUGUUUCUGUGUUGUACUUUUCUGUGAGUCUAAUUCCACCCCCCCACCCCCACCCCCGAUGUUAGGCUAACUAGCCUAUAGUUGCCCGGCUUGUCCUUUCUACCCUUAAACAACAGACUGAUAUCAGCCUCCUGGUCUUCAGGAGCAUCACUGGUACUAAUGAGCAAGUAUUUGCAAAACAGCACAGUCCAUCUCCAUAAUUUCACAAUAAAUUUAAAGUUUUUUAAACCAAUAAAUGGAAUUGAUGAGCAGAAAGGGCAAUAUCUGAAACUUCAAGCUGCAAGAAUUGCUUUGAUACAUGGUUCAUGAUAUUGCCAGUACAGUGUCUCACCCUCCCCUACAAAGUUAGUGUUCCUAUGAAAUCUUUCUUAAGCCAAAAUAGCGUAAAGCAAAGAACCAUUAAUUUAUAUGGGAAAAGUUUUCGUAAAAGCGAAAAUCCUCUUUGUAAUGUGAAAACAGAUUACUAAUGUAGGUCUUUUGUAAAAGCAAAGUGACGUAAAGUGAACAUUUGUAAAGUGGAAGACACCUGUAUAGCUUUAUAUCAGACAUUCAA